AUGAAAAUUUCAUCUUUUUUGACGAUUCUUGAAAGCUCAGGCCGGGCCGAUUUCCUCGACUUUUUCAGAGAAAGCGACGUUUUUGCCUACCAGGUCGGUGAAUCUUUUGAUAAGCAGGGUCUUGGCAGAAGAUUUCAGCAAAAGUACGACCAAGUGAAAAAGAUCUUGGGAUUCUACCAAAGUGGUGGUAGUUGCAAUUCCGGAAUUACAAGCCCAACUUUCGAACCAGUCACUUUCGACAUUGCUUUCAACGAAAAGGCCAGCCCAUCAUCGAACAUUGAAGCUCUUGUCGCUCGUCUUGAGCUAUGGAUUCAGUCCUACGCAUGUGUUGACGAUUCUAGCGCUGAAGCAUACGAAGCAAUUCAAAAAGCCCUGGAUGAAAUGUCAACCAUCGCCCGGAAGAACAUGAACCGUGACCAAGAAAUUUCUUUUCAUGUCUCUGAUGAAAAGAUGACUUACGAUCAAGCACGGGCCUACUGCUUCUUGAAAGACAUGUGGCUAGCUAACUAUGAGAGCGGCAUUGCAAAGAGCAUGAUGAUCAACAACGUUGACUACUCAUGGCUAUACUUCCCGAAUAAAACGGUGUGCUAUGUGCAACAGUCGCUCGCUGGACAUACUGCGUGGAGUGUUCAACAGGAAGACUGUAAUCACAAACACCAUGCAAUCUGCCAAGCUGGCCAAAUCGCAACAAAGUCGUGCCUCUCCUUCGAAACUUCUCCUUAUACAACAUCAAAGCAAAAGGACGCUCAGAACUAUUGUCUGUCAAUUGGUGGCAAUCUCCCCUUUUUCAAUGACAAAAAAGAGCUUCAACUUUGGCAAGAUCGACCCGGAGCGACGCGAGAGUGGCUAGGAAUCGUUCGAAACGACACGUUUGAAAGUGGCUGGGCGACCGUAACUGGUGAGCCGGCAACCAUUUUCUCAUGGUACAAGAACCAGCCGAGCACGCCUAGCCAAAAAUGUGCAACUACAAUGUAUGGCUUUCCAGAUAAGUGGAACGAUGUCGAGUGCACUUGGGCUGACGAGAUGUUUCGCUGUCGAAUUGACUCAACUGUUAACGUCUGGGAAGACUGUCCGGAAAUAUGGCCUACAACCACCACGACAACGACCACGUCUACCACGACUACCACGACAACAACGACAACCACGACAACCACGACAACCACGACAACCACUACAACAACGACAACUUUGGCAUCGCCAAAAAAAUGUGUCCAAUUCCUCGACAUGGGAACUGACAAGGUCUCUUACGACACGGCCAUUGACGCCGCCCAGCCUCAAACCCGUUACACAAAUGGAAUGACAGAUCGUGUGCUCCUGAUCAAAUGUUUGCCUAUUCUUGCAGAGUGGAAAGAACCAUUCUUGGGUCAGAGCAGUGCGACGAUUCUGAGCUUGAAUCACCGCUAA